GGACUGCUAUCUUCAUUAUUUAUACCAUUGAAAAUACGAGAUGGCUUCUCCGGCGAAGACCCAAGCAACUCUGAAAAAAGACAAGAAAGAGGAGUCAUUCCUCGACAAAGUCACAACAAUAGGAAGGAAAAAGAAAUCAAAGGAAGAUGAUAUCAAUGAUAUUGGAAGACAUGCCUUGGAUUCACCUGGCAAUCCUGUUGAUAUCAAUCCAGAAACAUUUGUCAUGGAGGAAGGUGAGGAACGGUCGAUGAUAGAACCAGAUUCUAGGGAUUCCCCUAAAGUUAAAGAGCUUAUUGAAGUUUUAAUCAGAUGGAUCAAUGAAGAACUGAAGGAACAGAGGAUAAUAGUACGAGAUCUUGAAGAGGAUCUUUACGACGGUCAGAUCCUGGGCAACCUUGUUGAAAAAUUGGCAGGGAUCAAGUUUGAAGUGCGUGAGGUGAUGCAGUCCGAGAUCUUCCAGAAACAAAAAAUCAAGUCCAUCUUGGAUUAUGUCAACAAACUCCUUAACCUACCAAGAUGGAAUAAGGACAAGUGGAGCGUGGAUGCUAUCCAUUCACGCAAUCUCGUGGCCAUCCUCCAUCUCUUAGUCGCUCUUGCCUUCCACUUCAAAGCCCCCAUUAUGAUCCCUGAGUUCGUCAUUGUCAAGGUGGUCGUCGUCCAGAAGAAAGAUGGAAUGCUGCAAUCAUCGAGGGUAGAGGAAGAAAUCACAGCAACCAAUGAGUCUGUUGCUUGGUUUCAUGUAGAACAAUGCAGGGCCAUUGGAGGACGCUUUGAACGUGAUGCCUUCGACACCCUCUUUGACCAUGCCCCUGACAAGCUUAACGUCGUCAAGAAGGUCCACAAUGUAAAUUUGGCCCUGGAUCUGAUGGACGAUGCUGGUCUCCCUAAGGCUAAGGCCAGAGCUGAGGAUGUGGUGAAUUUAGACUUGAAAUCAACUCUGAGGGUACUCUACAACAUAUUUACCAAGUACAAGAAUGUUCCAUGAAUCACAUCUUCUAUCAAUUAAGUUUUAUAGAUAUGCAUCAGUCUUGGAGCAUGUUACAAAGAGUUGCAAUUAAUCGGAUCAAUCACAACUA